GUAUUGGCAAGUCCUCUGUUGGCCGAGCCCUUAAAUAAUUUUAUUGGAUGCGUUGAAGAACUUCCAGCGCUUAUAGAAAGACCACGUUUACUAAACAUAAAUAUCAUUAAAUUAGUGCUUAUAGAUAGUACGCAUGAAGCACAACGUCUCGCAUGUAAUCCGGUUCAAGAUAGACAAGUGGCAAGUGGGAAUAAGAUUAAACAAUAUCAAACUAUCGAAGUAUUUGGCUUUGUGAUUUUUAUGAGCUGUCUGGAAUUAUUACGAUCUAGUUCUAACGGAAAUCCUCAUGAUUUUUUAAACAA